AUGCCGUCAGCCACCGUGCUGCUGACUCACGUCUCGGGAAGAAACUGCUCCAGGGGAGUGUCCUUCAGCCCGCGUUUAAAAGGAGACAAAAAUAUUCCCAGUGCUUUUUGGCAAAACUAUCGACAGAUCUGUUUUGGUAUCACACUUGAAAAAAGAGAGAAGCUUGAAAAGCGGGUGAAUGUAUACUUACCUAAGAAUGCCUGUCAGCAGCUGCUGUCCAACACGCAGAAACCCAAGCCCUCCACCACAGCUCUAUCUGGCACGGUCCCCUCCCCGGCACUGCCAGGGCCACACCAUGCCCGGCUUUGGCCGCCGGCGCAGGCCCGCGAUCCCCGGACACGGCCGGGCACGGCCGGGCACGGCCCGGCACGGACUCGGGACCGCGCCGCGCGCCCCCGCCGGCGCCUGGCCAGCCCCGCCAAUCAGCGGCGGCGCGGCCGGCGCCCGCAGGAUGAAUAUGAAGAGCUGUUUCGUUAUACUGUAGUGACUCCGAAGUUUGAGCAGUGUGUCUCAAAGUUUCCAGAACCUGCCUCAGAAAAGAGACCAUCUGAAAGAAUUUCCAGGUUAACAGAUUAUACCACUCACCAUAAUACUCCAGUCUCAACAUCAGUGAAGCAGGCUGGUAUGGAACAACCUGCUCUUCCAGAAGCAACUUCUUCCACACACGGUCCAGGAGAAGUCAGCAAAACCACAGUGACUGAAUUAACUUCACUAGAUGGAAAAGUCACUCAAAUAGAAAAUAUAGUUGAUCUCUGGAGUGGAAGUCUUAAGACAAAUAUUCUGACUGAACUGAAAAAUUGGGAACUUAAUUUGAUUCAACAACACAAGCUUCAAAUGAGACAAGAGAAAGAGAAACAUGACGCACAAGUGAAACAACUGCAGAAUGAGAUGGAAAACCUGAAAGAGUUACUUCAUACUUAUGAAAUCUCUAUUAGCAGGAAAGAUGAGGUAAUUACUAACUUGACCCAAGCAUUAGAAAAGCAAAAGGAGAGAGUAACGUUGAUGAGAAAGUUUACACUGUGGCGGAUUCAGCAUGUUAAAGCCAAACAAGAGGAAUAUGCAAUUCGAAUGGCAGAUAAACAUUUCCAGACAGCUUUGAUGAAGAAAGUGUGGGCCGCCUGGCGCUCUGUUAGUGAAGAAAAAUGGAAAGACAAAGUAGCAAGAGCCUGUCAGUUAAAGGCAGAAGAUGUGUGCAUUCAGCUCACCAAUGAUUUUGAAGCAAAAAUUGCAGAGUUAACUGCUGCUUUGGAACUGACAAGAUCUGAGCUUCUGCGACUGCAUACUGAAAGAGAUCAGUAUGAAGACACCAUGAAGAAAGCCUUUAUGCGUGGUGUAUGUGCUUUGAAUCUGGAAGCAAUGACCAUGUUUCAGAGCAAGGACAGUAGGCCAGAUCCUGAUGUAGGAAGCAGAAGAAAUGAUCAUGCGACCACUGGUGCAGGAAGGCCAUCUCCUUCACAAUAUAAUCAACCCUCACCACCACCUCCACCAGCAGCUGCUGUUCAGGUGGAAAACAUGUUUUGUUGCCAUCUGGCUCAUGCAAGCACUCCUGAGACCAGGCUAGAUUCUGAUUCUCCAGUUAUCAUCACUAGCACGACAUCAGGAUCUGGUGUGACAUCAACGCAAAAACUGUCCAUGCCAAAAGUAAUAACAUCUGCACAACAGAAAGCAGGAAGAACAAUCACUGCUCGAAUCACAGGCCGAGCUGAUAUGGGACAAAAAUCCAGAGCUUCUGGGAGUUUAGCAGUGAUGGGAGUUGCUCCACCCAUGAGUUCAGUUAUUGUUGAGAAGCAUCAUCCAGUCACUCAGCAAACCAUAUCACAAGCCACUGCUGCUAAGUAUCCUCGAACUGUGCUUCACUCUUCUGGCUCUACCUCUGCGAGACCUGCAGGACAAGCCGGGCGAGUGCUUCAGAGCCAAACUCAUACCAGUGUUCAGUCAAUAAAAGUUGUUGACUGACUGACUAUCUUUCUCACCAGUAGGGGUUUUUAAUCAAGGUACCACUUCCCCGUCCUUUC